AUGAAUUCCUCCUCCUCUCCUCUAAUUCGAAUGAUACUUGCCACGGCUGUAAUCUUGGGUCUCUGCUUUAUGCCAGUUGCCCUCUCACUCAACAUUGUAGAUACAGUGUUAACCGUCUCCACACCCUUUACCUUGGCAGACAAUGAAGUCUUGAGUAUGACCAAUGCUACACUCAUCCUCGACACUCUCUCCAUCACCGUCGGUCUCAACGUCCAAUUCCAAUUCUCUCUCAAUUGCCAUAUCCAAUCCCUCCAAACCUUGGCCAUCCUUACUCCAGUCUCUAUUCAAUCAUCUUCAGCUAGUAGUACAAUUUCAACUUUAAAAUUAUCAAAUGUUGAUUUAUCAUUUACAUCAACAUCAACAUUUAGUGAUACUAUUUUAGAACUUGAUAGUACUAGUUUAUUGGUUGCCAAGAUUGCAACUGGUUAUUUUGCUUAUACCUCUGCUUUGACUGCAUCCAGUACCAAUUUAUUCACUGGAGGUAAACUUGUAGUUGUUCCAGGUGCCACUGCUGCCAUUGCUGCCGGUUUCCAAGUGUCUACAAGUCAGACAUCACCACCAACCGUCAAUUUGGGUACUUCAACCAUUUUCAAUGCCAAGAACUUCUUGUCCAACGUGCCAUUGGUUGUUGACGGAUCCAAGCUCAUGGGAGGACAGUUUUGCAACUACCAAUUCCAAGCACCCAUCUCUGGCGCCGGUUCACUCAACUUUUCCUAUUGUAGUGUGUCGAUGGUUGCCGUCAACAUGAAUGGUGGAUCGGUCAAUUUCCUAUCGUCUACCUGGAACCUCGGUAACUAUAUUGCCAACGUUGUAUCGACCACUCUCAACUUUAACGCCUACACGAAUGUCCUUGCCACCUACUCUACCGUCCAAAGGGAGACUUUUGGAUCGAUUGUAUUGGGUGCCAACAGCUUUGUCAACUUUAACGACCCGGCCACCGCCAACUUUACACUCGCAUACCCCCCACUCGUCGUCGGUAGUGUCAACAACUACACUUCUGUCCAUUUCAACUUGAUCCACUCGGCCGACGGAAACAUCAACUGCAACGGCGCCACCUCGACCACCCGUUUCCGCACACCCGGUCUCAUCAACCCCAACAUCAUCUACACCUCGGGCUCGGCAGUCACCUUUAAAAAAGCUCAAGGCUUCACCAAGUGCGCUGCAGGCUCUGUCUCCUUUUACAUCUACACUACCGACAAUCCCUAUGAAGCCGACAAUAUCUUGGCUGCCGACUGUCCAGCUGGCGAGUCUCGUUGCGGUGCAUCGUUCUCUUGUCUUUCUCAAGCCAGUAUUAACGCCGGCGACUGUCUUCUCGACAUGUAUUGCAUGCGUACCGAGCCAGUAGGCGGAUCACUCUUUUGUUGGACCGGUCAAUGCACCGUCUCGUACGAAACAUGUCCACCAUUGCCAUCGUGUCCUCCAAGCCUCCCAUUAAGAUGCACCGACGGAUGCAAGGCAGCCACCGCAACCUGCGACCCAUGUCCAGCCGGCACCAACCCAACUCCAUUUGGAUGUCUUGCCGCCGGCGCACCCGUCCAACCAUACCAAGGAUGUGAUGCAUUCCAAUACCAGUGUCCAGACAACUAUGCAUGUGUCUCUAGUCCCUCACAAUGCAGCAACUAUGGUACCACUAAAGUCCCAUCUUCCAACCGUGUCAUGGUCACAGCCACCCUUGUCUAUCAACAAACUCGUGCCACUGCAUCCAUCUUGCAAAGAUACGUCUCACCCGCCACACCAUUCACCAUCGGCUCUAACAUUUUCUUGGAUCUUGGCUCCAAUCUUCCAGCCACCAGUGAUCAUCUCAAGAUUGCCCCAUACGCCGAUUCCUAUGCUACCAAGGUUUCCAGUUCAUUAAUUUCUUCAACCUUUGAUUAUUAUUCAAACCUCUUAUCUCCACCAUUUAAACUUACUCUUAGAGAUUCUCAAAUGAAUAUUCUAACAGUUUCAACUACUAGUUCAAUUUAUUUCAAGAAUCCAAAUCCAUCACUCAACUUGUCAAAUGCUUGUCUAGCCUAUGUCAACUCUGCCAAUCAAUGGCAAUGCACUUCAUUCCCACUCGUAUCACAUAAUAGUGGUUCGAUCAUUGAAGGUAAAACUAACCUUAUUCCAGGCAAAUUUGCAUUCAUGUCUACAAUUUAA